GAACAACGAUGGACGUAGCAACAUCUUGUUUAGUGGUAUUUCAAGUUUCUGUGUUCAUACUACCUAUGGAUAAAAUUGAUGGCCAACCGUUAUAUGAACACCCUCGGGAAUAUCCUCUGAAAGCCUCAGAGGCUAAUUCAUAUUACCAACAAAUAUAUGAACGAGAGCUUUUCCACGAAAAAGAGCUUGAAAGAUUACAAAAGGAACUAGAAGUGACAAAAGAUACAUGUGGAACACAUGAUUUGCGAUCUAUUUAUCAAAACCCCAGUCCAAAUGGUACUAAAGGAUCUAGUGGAAAAGGGUUUGUAGUUUUAUUCAUGAAAAAUAUAGUCACUACAACAAAAAGUGUGUACGUCACAUCUGAAAAGGACGUCCAAUUGAACAUCACCACCUCCUCUCGUCUAGACCCAUCAAUAAAAAAUAAGAUUGAAAGGAAUAUCGUUGCCAAUUUAAGUCACCGUGUAAUUUUUCCCUCAGCUCUUGAACUAAAUUACUUUAAGAAAGAAGUAAAGUCAGUUUUAAUUGAAACUUCUGAGGAUGUAAAUGUCAUUAGUUUUGACGAUGGGGAUCGGACUGCUGGAAGCACAGCCAACAUCCCAAUACACAAACUCUCAACAAAAUAUAUAGUGAUAUCAACAACACCAAGUCAAAAAAGUCAGCUAGCUGUAGCAGCUAUUAAAGACAACACAACAGUUUCAAUAACGUUUAAGAUGAAAAAAAAUCUUAUUAUCAAAGGAGAAGUAUUUCACAACGGUGGUGUGUUUUCGUUUUCACUCGAUCGUUUUGAAACCUAUCAAAUUGAACAUUCGGUAGAUUUAACUGGAUCAGUCAUUGAAUCCUCAUUACCUAUAGCAGCCUUUUCAGGAAACGAUUGUAACCAACUUCAUGGUUUGGGAUUUUGCGAUCACUUAAUAACACAAUUACCACCAACUGACAAUGUGGACAAAACCUACAUAAUUCCUCCAAGUUCAAAUGACAGGGAAACAAUCAUACGCAUUACAGCAAUAGAAAAAGCAGACAUUAUUUACAUGAUCGGAUCUGUAAAUAAAACUUUAACUUUAAACAAACUUGAAUUUUUCGAAACCCAAAUAUCGAGCAAUCAGAUAUGCUUCAUUGCGUCUUCAAACCCUGUAAUAGUAACAGGGAUCGGUUUGCCUUCAAAAACCUCAGAUUUGAGUGAUCCAUCAAUGACAAUUAUUCCAGGAAUAAACCAGUAUCUUAACUACUUCAAAGUAGUUGUACCCAGUGGAUUUGUCAAUAACUUUGUAACUAUUAUGAUUAAAGAAUCCUCAAAAGAUCUAAUUCGCAUCAAUAGCACGGUAAUAUAUCCAUGCAAUAUCGUUUUUGAGGGAAAUGUGUUGGCUGGAAAAAUCAAAUAUAGCGUGAGAUCAAUACGAGUAGUAGAGGGAGUCCUUACUGCGUUUUCAUUGGACGGUGUAAAAUUUGGAAUGCUUUUUUCAGGGGUACAAACAGCAGAAGCGUACAGUUUUUCUGGAAAUUUUUUGCUGCCAUGAAAACUUAUCUGCUCCUUUAUGUUACUUCCUACAAAAUAAUGAAAAAAUACGAGUGUUAAACAGGACAAUAUAAUCUUGUGCUGACAUAUUAAAUGGUUAUGUUGCUGAUGUUUUGUGUUGCAAUAGCUAUGCAUUUUAUGUAUCAUUUGUGUAUUAAUAUAUGAACAGGCAUUUUUAUGCACAUUUGCGUGAAUAUUACUUAUUGAGAUUAGAAAAAAAACACAUGAGUGGAUAAGUAGUAUUUUGGCUAUGUUUACAUUUCAAAUGAUAUUCCAGCUUGUUUUGCUUACUUUAACUAAACAAGACUUAACUAAACUAAAUUAAACUUAACUAAACUAAAUUAAACUGAACAAAAAUAACUAACUAUUAUGAAAAA